AUGUAAAUAAAUUUGAGCGUUACUUCCUUUGACGACAAGUCGAAUCAGAAUAUUUGUGAAGUGCUGUGAACAGACGUGUUUUUUUUUGAAAUAUAGUAAUUGGUAGUUUUCAAGAAUGAUGGCGAUGAGAAAAGCACGUUUGGAGAAAAGAAAAAAAGGAAGAAAAAAUUCCAAUCCCUUCGCAACAGCUAGUUAUGAGACUGUGUUUACCGAGUCUCUGCAGCAUCCUGAGCGGUUUUGGUCGAAAGUUGGGCUGAUGGUAUCUUGGAGUAAACCAUGGAAAACAGUUUUGGAUAAUUCCUGUGAACCGUUUACAAAAUGGUAUGUUGGAGGAGAAAUUAAUGCAUGCUAUAACGCAGUGGACCGUCAUGUCGAGGCCGGUAAAGGAUCAAAGGUUGCUAUAAUAUAUGAUUCACCGGCAACUGGAGUAGUUAGGAAAAUUACUUAUUCCGAAUUACUGGAAAAGGUGUCAAAGUUAGCAGGACUUUUGGCAAGACUGGGAGUUAGCAGAGGAGACCGAGUUUUGAUUUAUAUGCCCCUUAUUGCAGAAACUAUAAUGGCCAUGUUAGCUGUUGCUAGACUUGGUGCAGUACAUUCUGUUGUUUUUGGAGGAUUUGCUGCUUGUGAACUAUGUACCAGAAUUCAACAUGCUGAACCAAAAGUCAUAAUAGCUGCUAGCUGUGGAAUUGAACCAUCCAGAAUUGUCGACUAUGCCAGUGAAUUGAAUGAGGCUAUUGCACUAUCUUCACAUAAACCAUCGAAAUGCAUAAUUUAUCAAAGAAAAGGGAUAGCAAUAGCUGAACUCGAUCCGGAGAGAGAUAUGGAUUGGGAGGAGGGUAUAAAAAAUUCUGAAAGUGCACCAUGUAUUCCUGUGGAUGCAAAUGAUCCUUUGUACAUUAUCUAUACUUCUGGAACUACUGGUGAUCCCAAAGGUAUUUUACGCCCGAUAGGCGGUCACAUGGCUAUGUUAGUUUACACGAUAAAAACAUUAUAUGGCCUAAGUCAGGACGAUGUCUGGUGGGCAACGAGUGACUUUGGCUGGGUUGUUGGGCAUUCUUACAUGUGUUAUGGUCCCCUUGCUUAUGGUAUGACCAGCGUUGUAUAUGAAGGGAAACCUACGACUACACCGGAUCCAAGUUCCUACUACAGGAUUAUUAGCGACUAUGGCGUUAAUUCAAUAUUCACCAUACCUACUGUUAUGAGAGUCUUGAAACAGGCCGACCCAGAAGGAAAAUAUGGCACCGAAUACGAUUUGUCCAGCUUGAGACAAAUAUGGUUGGCCGGAGAACAUCUAGAUUUGAAUACAAAAGUAUGGACUGAACAACAUUUUGGAGUGCCAAUUAUAAACCAUUGGUGGCAAACUGAAGUUGGAUCGGUUAUAUCGGGGACGUGUAUUGGACUGAAGAACUCUACUAUUGACACAGAUUUGACCACUGGUCUACCAUUUCCAGGAUAUAAUGUGAAAAUUUUACGCAAAGAUGGGAGCAUAGCCGAUGCCCAUGAACUCGGGAGAAUAGCAAUUAAACUACCUCUUCCUCCUGGACCUUUAUCUACCUUAUACAAAGCGAAUGAUAAAUUUGUGAAGACUUAUUUCACCAAGUAUCCCGGCUACUACGACACAAUGGAUGCCGGAUAUAUGGAUAAAGAUGGUUUGUUGUACGUGACAGCCAGGGCAGAUGACGUUAUUAAUGUCGCUGGACACAGAUUAUCCACAUUAGCCAUAGAAAAUAUCAUCCUCUCCCAUCCAGACAUAGCGAUGGCGUGUGUUAUUUCCGUACCUGAUGAAAUUAAAAGCGAAGUUCCAUUGUGUCUGUUUGUAAUAAAAGAAGACCCUGCGCUGAAUGAAUUUCUAAUAGCCAAGGAACUAGUUGCCAUGAUAAGAGAAAGCAUAGGACCUGUAGCUGCGUUCAAACAAGCUAUAGCUGUUAGAGCAUUGCCCCUUACGAGAACUGGAAAAAUUUGUAGAAAAUCUCUAGCGGAUUUAGCCAGAAAUAAGCUUAAGAAAAUCUCUGCAACAGUUGUGGAUCCUACGGUAUACAGUGAAAUCGAAGAAGCUUUAAGAAAAGUAGGAUAUUGCAAAUAAAAAAAACACACCUUUAACGUAAUACUUUUUCCGCACAAUAUUUUCCAGGGUCCAUUAACUUAUUUAUAAAAUGAACAUACAUUUUUCUUGUCCAGGUACUUUUAAGUAGUGUUUAAUAUGGAAUAUUUUGGAACAAAAAUAGAUAUAUCGUAAGUUAAAAUAGUUGUAAUAGCAAAUUAAACUUGUUAACUAUUGAAAAUAAAUCUUCACAAUUAC